CGCGGGGCCGGGGACGACGCCCCCUCCUGCGGCGCGGACUCUGCCGGUGGCCCCCGACGAGGAGGAAUAUGGCAUCGCAGGCUGCCCCCUCCUGCCGUCUGGUCUUCUGCCUCUUGAUCGCCGCCGCUGUCCUCAGGCCAGGCCUUGGAUGGGAUACUGUAAAUUCAGCAUAUGGAGAGACCAUUGUCAUGCCUUGCCGACUCAAGGUGCCUCAGAAUCUCAUGUUUGGCAAAUGGAAAUAUGAAAAGCCCGAUGGCUCCCCAGUAUUUAUUGCCUUCAGGUCCUCUACAAAGAAAAGUGUGCAGUACGACGAUGUUCCAGAAUACAAAGACAGACUGAACCUCUCAGAAAACUACACUUUGUCUAUUAGCAAUGCAAGGAUCAGUGACGAGAAGAGAUUUGUGUGCAUGCUAGUCACUGAGGACAACGUGUUUGAGGCACCUACGAUAGUCAAGGUGUUCAAGCAACCAUCUAAACCUGAAAUUGUAAGCAAAGCACCAUUUCUCGAAACUGAGCAGCUAAAAAAGUUGGGUGACUGCAUUUCAAAAGACAGCUAUCCAGAUGGCAACAUCACGUGGUACAGGAAUGGGAGAGUGCUGCAGCCUUUGGAAGGAGCGGUGGUCAUAAUUUUUAAAAACCAAAUGGAUCCAGUAACUCAGCUCUAUACUAUGACUUCAUCCCUGGAGUACAAGGCAACCAAGGCUGACUUACGUAUUCCAUUCACUUGCUCUGUGACAUACUAUGGACCAUCAGGCCAGAAAACAGUUGAUUCUGAACAAGCAGUCUUUGAUAUUUACUAUCCUACAGAGCAGGUGACAAUAGAGGUGCUGCCACCAAAAAAUGCCAUCAAAGAAGGGGACAACAUCACUCUUGAAUGCCGAGGAAAUGGUAACCCUCCUCCUGCGGAGUUUUUGUUUUACUUACCAGGACAGCCCGAAGGAAUAAGAAGCUCAAAUACUUACACGUUGACAGAUGUGAGGCGCAAUGCGACAGGAGACUACAAAUGCUCCCUGAUAGACAAAAGAAGCAUGAUUGCUUCAACAGCCGUCACUGUUCACUAUUUGGAUUUGUCCUUAAACCCAAGUGGGGAAGUGACCAAGCAGAUUGGCGAUGCCCUGCCUGUGUCAUGCACAAUAUCUGCUAGUAGGAACGCCACUGUGGUCUGGAUGAAAGAUAACAUCAGGCUUCGAUCUAGCCCAUCAUUUUCUAGUCUCCGUUAUCAGGAUGCUGGAAACUAUGUCUGCGAAACUGCUCUGCAGGAAGUUGAAGGACUAAAGAAAAGAGAGUCAUUGACUCUUGUUGUAGAAGGAAAACCUCAAAUCAAAAUGACAAAGAAAACUGAUCCCAGUGGACUGUCUAAAACCAUAAUCUGCCACGUGGAAGGUUUUCCGAAGCCAGCUAUACAGUGGACAAUUACUGGCAGCGGAAGCGUCAUAAACCAAGCAAAGGAAUCUCCUUAUGUCAAUGGCAGGUAUUAUAGUAAAAUUAUCAUUUCCCCUGAAGAGAAUGUUACGUUAACUUGCACAGCAGAAAACCAGCUGGAGAGAACAGUAAACUCCUUGAAUGUCUCUGCUAUAAGUAUUCCAGAACACGAUGAGGCAGACGAGAUAAGUGAUGAAAACAGAGAAAAGGUGAAUGACCAGGCGAAACUCAUUGUGGGAAUCGUUGUUGGUCUCCUCCUCGCUGCCCUGGUUGCUGGUGUCGUCUACUGGCUGUACAUGAAGAAAUCAAAGACUGCAUCAAAACACGUAAAUAAGGACCUGGGUAAUCUGGAGGAAAACAAAAAGUUAGAAGAAAACAAUCACAAAACAGAAGCCUAAGAGAGAAACUGUUAUACUUGUCGAG